CCCCCUCUCCUUCCUUCCUAAAAAGUAUAUUACUUUUAAACAAAAAUAGUUACCAUAAUCCCAUACAGAACCCUUUUGCUAUACCCUCCAUCAUUCCCAUUUACUGUUUUAGUUAUAACCUCCUCCUGCCUCCAUUCAAAUGCGUUCCCUUAUCCUCCCCUUUUUUUAAUUCCGUUUCAGUUCCUGAAAAUCAUCCCUUUAUAGGGUUCUCUCUUAUUUUCGUUUCGGAUUGUGGGUCUCUAUUUGUUUUGUGGUAAUUCUUGUGAAUCGACGUCGUUGCCGUUGAUGGGUGCGAGGUCAUGGCAGACGGGGAUCCUCUUGUUCGCCUUGUGGGGAAGAUUAACGUUUGCCGCCUUAGCUCCUCUUAGGGUUCCGUUGUGUCCGAAGGGCACCAUCAUAGAUUCGAUCUUGGGGUUUCGGGACCAGAGCUUCCCUCUUCACCAUGAUUCUUUUGAAUCUUUCGAUUUCAUUGGCGUUUCCGAGGGAGAUGAGGUUUCAUUGCAAAAGGCACUUAAUAUGGUUUACAAGAAUUACCAUGAAUAUGUAGCAGUGCUUUUCUAUGCAUCAUGGUGCCCCUUCUCUAGGUCUUUUAGACCAAGCUUCUCUCUCUUGUCUUCUUUGUAUCCUUCAAUACCUCAUUUUGCAAUCGAGGAAUCAUCCGUCAGGCCAAGCAUACUCUCAAAGUAUGGAGUUCAUGGGUUCCCUACCCUUUUCCUUUUAAAUUCUACAAUGCGGGUGCGUUACCAUGGAUCAAGGACACUUGGUUCUCUUGUUGCCUUCUACAGUGAUGUUACUGGUGUUAAGACUGCAUCAUUGGAUAAAAUAUCCCUCGGCAAAAUUGGACAUCAUUCAAAUCAAGAGAAGCAUAACAGCAUUGAGCCAGAAACUUGCCCUUUCUCAUGGGCAAGAUCUCCAGAGAACUUGCUUCGGCAAGAGACCUAUUUGGCCCUUGCCACUAUUUUUGUGCUUUCGCGAUUACUUUACCUACUCUAUCCAACUCUGCUUGUAUUUGCACAAUCCACUCGGAGACGGUUCAUUAAUCUGAGAUUCUGCAGCUUGUUGGAGCAUCCUUUGGCCUAUCUGAAACGAGCACAGCUGUUAAGUUCUCUAAAGGAACCUCACAAGAGAAGCAGCAAGAGAAGCAAUUUGCAGGAACGGGCAAUGAAUGCCAGAGCAUGGGCAUCCAAAUCUCUUGCCACGGUUUCCAUAGGUGAUGCCAGCACCAGCAAGGUGUGCCAUUGAAUGAAUGUCACUGAUCAAUUCCUGGAAUAGGGUGAGAGAUUCUGAUGGUUUCUAUCCAAGCCUGUACAACCUCAUGGGACCAGUACCUUUUUGUUUCAGAUGUUAAUGCAACCUCCAUUGGGGUUUAAUUCGGAUCAUGUCAUUGUAUCUGGACAUUGCAAUUAGUAUUUUUUUUUUUUUUUUUAAUUUGUCAAUAUUGUUUAGAAUACAAUUUCUUGACUUUUAGAGGAGAAGCUAGACCGGGUUGUGUAUGUCUUACAGUCAAAAGACCAAUUCUUGACGUACCAAUUCAACUUUCCAUGGCCAUUUGCCUUUCUAUAAAUGCAAGCGUGUUGCAUUCAAUAACAUGAUCCUUUAGUACACUCAAUGUGUCAUCAUUUUUCAAGUCUUAUGUAAAAUUUGCUA